AUGCUUGCAGCGGGUGAACUAAUUGUUAGUGAUAAAGUGGUCCCUGUGGCAUCAUUGCCACAAGCCAUGGCAUCGUAUUGUGAUGUGAUGUGGAUUUUGUGUGAUGAUGCGAGAUGUGAGAUUCGAAAUGUGCGAACAGCCGAGGUUGUGAAAAGACUUGAACGCAAUGAUACAACCAAGGCGGCUGAACAAUCGCCGCUUAGUAAUGAUCGAUCUCAUCCACUCCUUCUGCAUGUAACAAAGAGUCAAGUAUCAGAGAACAACUACCCAGGCUUGGUGACGGGGAAUGACGAAACUAAGCGCUUUCCACUCCAAAUCUCUGCGAUUUUGGUCCUUCAGACGUGCGUCGGUGGGCCGCAGGUUUGGUUAGGUCUCUCAGACGGUACGAUAGAGGUUCAUCACGCCAAAACGAUGGAGCUGUGUGCCACGCUACGCCAGCACCUCGACGGUAUCCUUUCCUUUGCCGAGUUCGGGGGUUUUGUGUAUUCAAGUGGUAACGACCAGCGCGUUGUGCAGUGGCGCGCCGCGAAGCUUUGCUACGAGCGGACCUUCACGACGGCCCCAGGCCAGCGCGGGGCGGUGUGGUGUAUGUGCGCCGAGGGGAACGUCUUGGUGACUGGUUCUGAGGACCGCGCCGUGCGGGUGUGGGAUGUCGGCAGCGGCCGGCUGCAGCUCACUGGCUACGUCCACGCCAAGAGCGGGAGCGUCACGGCUCUAUGCCGGGUCCGUGACGCCAUGUGGUCCGGCGAUGCGGCUGGGCAAGUGGUCUACUGGCAACUCCAUACCUGUGAGGCCUUCGACGUCUUCAAGCCGCACCAAACGUCGGUCACCGCCCUUCAAAGGGUCGGUGGUCGCACCUAUUCGGGUGCCGCAGACGGCACAGUUGCAAUAUUUUGCAACGAAACUGCGACGCUGCUGAUGCGUCUGAAUAUGCAUUCGAGAAAGCGAGUUACUGGAAUUGCCUCCCCUGCUCAGCUUAGCCGUUAUGUGAUUUGGUCUGCGGACUCCCGCGGCUUCGUUCGGUGCUGGUAUCAAGAUGAGUACAUCCACAUGACGCGUGAUUAUGAAUACUUUAGCGAAGCAACGUGGUAUCUGUCUGGGUCGACCCCGUACCAUGAAUUCCGCGAUUCCAUAGCUGCCCACAUCGAAGAACUUCAAAACCACCCAUACAAUAAAGAACACGACAGAAUGCAAAUUCAUCCCAGUGCAAUGCGGAUUGAAGGCCCGGAGCUGCAGAAGCAGUACAGGAAGUUACAAGAACUGAUUCCCAUAAUGGAAGAGCGUGUGGUGAAAGAAACCGAAAGUCUUCAGAAACGAAAAGCCGAAAUGGGUCAGCUUGAAAAAGACCUGAUGAACCAAAUAAACCUCCUAGGAUCCGCACAUCACGAGCUAAACGCUCUCAUGCCAGGUGCAGCGGACCGUCUAAAAGCUACACUGCCACCUCUCCCUUCAAUAGUGAUGCAAACAAAUGCAGACGGGCAAAUCUCCUUGUCAUUGCCAUCUGUGUCACUCCCUGUAUCGAAACCAUGUGCCUCUCCAACCGCUGCGCAUUCGACAAGUUUUGCAACCACAUCAGUUCCUCUGGGGACCGUCGCGCUCCCAACUAAUUUGGUAACCACAUCAUCAGUGCCUUUGGCCUCCGCUUUACCCUCAACGAGUUUUGCAGCCCCAUCAAUGCCUUUGACCACCACUGCAGUAUCCCUAACAAGUUUGGCAACCCCAUCAGUUCCUUUGGCAACUGCCGUGCCCCAAACUAGUUUGGCAACCUCAUCAGUGCCUUUGGCAACUGCCGUACCCCAAAGUAGUUUGGCAACCUCAUCAGUGCCUUUGACUGCAGCCCCACCCUCAACUAGUUUUACAGCCCCAUCAGUGCCUUUGGCAACUGCCGUGCCCUCCGCGUAUGGCGUCGGUGGUUCUCUUCAGCCGCCAUCAAUCCCACCGCCGCCACCUGCGCGAAGCGACGCAACUCACGCCAGCAUUCUCACACCGGCAGCGCCUGCUAUUGCUGGAAGUAGUGGAGCUGGUUCAGCAGUCCCACCGACCCAGAGCGGGAUUCCCGUAGGAACUGAUGCGAUAAAGGAAAAAGAAAGCGCUAAUGCUUUACUGUCGAUUCCGCUGGAUUUGGGGAGCAAGAUUUGGAAUGGGGUCUCGUGGGUAAAUCCAAACGUCGGGAACUAUAUUCAGCGACGGUACUACGGUGCCGAACCAAGUUUGCGCACGCCGGAUAUUAUGAAACGGAUACAACCGAAGCGUCUUCCAGAAAUAAAGGUUCUCCCUCUCCAACGUAGCAAAAGCACUGAACCAAAGUCCGUGAAAGGUAAUAAAGAGACACUUAAGGCGCGUUAG